GCGACCCUUAACAACCCCAACAACAACAAGAAGAAAAUUGGCAUCAGGGGAAGAAAAACCGUAGAAGAGGAAACUAAGAGGCAGAAAAGGGAAUUGAGAAGAGGAAAAGGGUGUUCCGGACCACAUCUCUUGCUGACAUCUUAGAGAAGAGGAGGAAAAGGUCCUCCAGACGCCAUAUAUACGACAGAGUUGUUAUCCUGGGAUGUAUAGGGCGCGUAACUCCGAUGCUGAUGGUAGUCGAGGGUCAGGCGGCCACUCUACACACUACACCAGGCGGCCGGUGCACGAGCAGAUGCGAGAGUCUAUACCGGCAGUUGUGGUGGGCGUUGGACUACUGUUGAUGGGCAGCGGUCUACUCUUCUGGAACGAGGGUCGAGCUGUUCAGACUUCUCGGAGCUUAGAUGAGGGCUACAACGCUGUCAUACGUGUUGCAAGUGCUAACGUCAUACACGAGGAAAAUAAUCAUAAGCUGGUUCACGUGUGGGGGACUUUGUCGACGUUCCCAGUGCUGACAGACGACACUUAUGGCGUGGAGAUCAAUGCCGUGCGACUGAAGCGCCGUGUCCAGAUGUACCAGUGGAUUGAGGAGGAGUCUUCCAUGCGCUCGGAAGAAACUCCAGGCAUGCCCACGGAUACUUCGUACUCUUAUUCCUUUGCUUGGAGGGAUAAGGUUAUAGACAGUUCUUCAUUUAACAUCCCGUGGGGACACAACAACCCCACAUCUAUCCCGGUGCCUUCGGUAAUACAGGUGUCGGAGAAUGCCAAGGUUGGCACGUACCACCUCAGUCCGGCCAUCAAGGAAAUGUUUUCUGAAUUCAUUUCCUUCUCCGGCGACGAGCAGCCAGAGGGCGAUGACAUCAAGCUGCACGGAGGGAUGUACUACAUCACUCGAGACAUCUACAAUCCUGACAUUGGGGACUUGAGAAUUCAGUUCUACUUUGCUGGACGGGCCGGCGAAGUGGUGAGCAUCGUUGGGCAGCAGGUCGGGGAGACACUUCACCCAUACCUCACCACCAACGGCAGGGAACUGCUCAUCGUUCACAUGGGCAAGCGCACCGUCGAGGAGAUGUUCUCCACUGAGCAUGCCCAGAACCGCUUCCUGACCUGGAGUCUGCGCGUGGGAGGCUGGUUUCUCAUGUUCAUUGGCCUGACAUGUGUGUCCAAUAUUGUCAAUUCCUUAGUUUUGUGUUCACCGCUGAUGAGAGACAUGGUGGCCCUGGGUCUAGGCUCAGCGAACCUCACGCUGAGCAUGUCCACAUCACUGAUCAUCGUGGGCGGUGCUUGGGCCGUCUACAGGCCGGGUCUCGCUCUCCUCAUCCUCGUCGUUGCAGCACUUCCAUUCGUCCGGGCAGCUGUGCAGCACUCGACGUUGGAGAUGUUCUCCCGCAGAGCUAACGGAUUGAGGGGCAGUCUCUGAGAGUGACUGUCAGGUGCUUCUACACAGCUGACCUUGGACUCAUACAGUGACUGGUGCCACACAAUGCAGAGGUUUAACAGCAGAUAAGCUACAGAGUGACCUUUUCUGAUGCCACAUUGACGGUCACAAAGAAGCGAGUGGUAGUCAAGACACGCUGUCAUCUGCCAUGUCCUUGCCUUUAGAUUUUUACACUGACUUUGCCUGAAGACUAGUACAGUGUUGCAGCUGUCAGGUACCUCAUGAGUAUGUACCUUUACCUCUGACGAGUUCCGAGAGCCUUUUUACUCCCAGUAUACACGUACUGCACAUCAGGUCUUCGCUUGCAAACAAGUUGCACUUGCUUUUUCAACUUAUGAAGCAGUGCUGUAUGACUCUUUUGGGUUUACCACUUUAUUAUAAUCACAACUAACUUAUGAACACGUUGUUUGUAUAGAAAACAAUGAUCGAUGGUUAGGUUUCACGUGAGUUGUUACUGCGACUGAAAUUGUAAACCCAGUUGAUUUCUAAGUACUCCAUUUGUAAGUGUAAAUGCAUGUAACUUGCUUGUGACUUAGGACCUGUUUUUGCACACUACCAAAAAUUCACAAGUACUACACAGUGAAAACUGUACGUGAAAUCCCCAGUUUCUGGUAGAUUUUGAUUGCUGUACAUACAUGUAUAUAUUUAUAUGCAUUUUUAAGGGUAUCACUUGAUAAUAUUUGAUAUUAUUGUCUACAUUUCCCGUAAUGAUGACCAAGUGUUACACGUGGAAAAAACACAUUGCAAGCAUCAUUUUUAUACCCAGGUAAUGACCCUUGUGGGUUUAGCGCUUAGUUUCAGUUGUAUUAUUAAUACGUAUAUCCAGGUAAAAAUGAUGCGGUUACGAUUGAACAAAUAUAGAGUUCUAAUCCCCCUUGUAUGGUACAACCAAAACUUGAUGUAGAUCGUUAAGGUGAAUAUUGUGUUAGAGGGUAUUGCUUUAUGUGUUUAGAGAAGACUAAGUUUUAGUACAAUAUUUAAAAAAGAAAGUCACUAGAUUAAUGUGUUUCCAGUAACUUAUUUAGAAUAAGAUAAGCUAUAAUCUUUUGUUUUGUUUCAAGAUGUGCAGUAUUUUGUAGAUUUAGUGAUCAGCUCAGUAUUCAGGGUUAGUGUUAAACGAUAACCUUCAUAUUUUUUAAAUCCCAGAAUAUAUUUAUAACUAAAAUCAGGGCUGGCAUGGAGAGGAAAGGCCAAGCCCCCUAAAUGUAAUUAAUAACAAUACAUCACCCUGCCUCGGUGGGAGACGACCAACUUGUUGAAAAAAAAAAAAAAUCACUUCAGUUAAGUCCUCACUUAAUGUUUGGAAUCUGUGACCGAGUGAAAUGACGUGUGACGAAACCAAUCGUACCAGACCUCGCUGUCCAUCGUCAGACCUCUUUAAAACUUAGUUUUGUUUCUAAUGUUACACUUUUUAUCUGUUUUUUUGUGGCCACAGACAUCAGGGUUGUACAGUGUACUUUUAGCACUCAUCGUGACAGGGUGAAAUCGAGGAAUAAAUGUUUGCAAAGCAAAAAUUGUAAGGAGCACCUCCUACCAAAAUGCAGUUCAAAAACAGUAAUGACUAUGGCGGCUUGCUGAGCACUUUGGUACCGCAUUAUUCAUUGGCAUGCAUUUCUAUAAUUACUGUAUACCUUACAAAUUUUUAUUUUACAAUAAUUUGCAUUCAUUGCACAAAUUCAUUUUUUUUCCAUCGUUAUAACAAAACUACGUUAUUCGAGGACUUGCUGUACUUUAAAGGCAGUCCCCUAGCCCCUUCUUCCAACUAGAGUGACAACUGCUAAGCCCUCUCCUAUAUAAAAUUUCUAGAGCUGCUCAUGCCUGAAACUCUAAAGACAUUAAGUAAUAUGCCAUCUGCAUGUAUUUGAUGGUGUACACCUAUUAGCGAGUUAAUUUAUUUUAAUACAAUUAUAUUUAAGUUUUGUGAUAUAAUAUUUAAGUUUCAUGGUAAAUAUGUAAUCAGUAUGUGUUGAUUGUGAUAUAUGAUUUUGUACUUAAUUUUUUAAUGAACUGGCCAUAUCCCACUGAGGCUGGGUGACCUAAAAAGAAAAAUGAAAGGUUGUACCGGAAAAGGGGGUUACCUAGCCCCUUGCUCCCAGCACUUUAGUUGCCUCUCAAUAUUUUUUGGAGUGAUUUUUUUCGCCAGGCAUUUCUCACCCAGGUAGAACAAAGUUUAGUUAUGUGUCUUCUAGUGUCAUGUGAUUGUGCGAGGGGUCAGUGCUAAAACUCGCAUAUAUGAUUGUAUCUACAGGUGCUCCUCAACUUACGUUCCAAUGAACUCAUCGUAAGUUGAAACUAUGGUAAGUCGAAUGUGAUACUUCAUAAAUAAAUACUGUAACUGAAUGCCAAGAGACACACUUUGGUGUUUAGUAGACAUAACUGGCUUGGGUAAUUUUGGUUAAAUAUAGAAAAACACUUGACGACUACUGAACGUGCAUUGCUACAGCACCAUCAUAAAGUCAAAAUAUCAUAAGUUGAACCUUUGUAGAGUGAGGAGCACCUAUUUUGACGAGAGUCUGAUGAUGAUUCUCAGACUCAGUGCUACGCUCUCUCUCGCUUUUGACCGAGAUUACAUUGAAUUCUCUGAAGCUGCUUAAGGCUUGUCAAUGGGAUUAGGAAGUUUUAGUACAGUAUUUUGCAGUCUAAUAUAGGCUCUUGGGUAUGACCCUGAUGGAUUUAGUGCAUAGUUUUGAUUAUAAUAAUAUAGAUUCUUGAUGGGGGACAUUAAUAAAAAUCACAGUUGCAAGCGAGACUUCGUAUAUAUGCACUUGAGCUCUUAAAGCAGUACCUGUAGAGGUUAAGUUACAUCUGGUCCUGCCUCAAUCUUGACUGACACUUGGUUCCUAGCUUCUUGGGCACUAUCAUAUUUCCUUUUUGAUCCACAAAUUGAGUUUGCCUCGUCACCUUGUUCUUUCCUCUGUUCACUUUCCUUACACUGAGAACUUCUGUCAUUGUCACACUUUUGGGUAUCCAAGUUUCCAUCUAUACCUGGUGUUUACCCAUCCUUUGUCUUGUCUUUCCUUGUGUAUCUUUAAUACCAUGAUCAUGUCUCCUUGACCUUUUGCUCUUGUGAUACAGUACAAAGACAUCUAAAGCAAAAUAAUCAUUUGGAAAUUUCUUACUACCAUUGGUCAGUAUCUGACCAGCUGGGCUGUGACUUGUAUGUUGGUUUAUGUGUGGCCAGCAGUAACAGCCUGGUUGAUCAGGCACUGUUCCACCAUGAGGCCUGGUUUCUUCUCCUCCAUAGCUCAUUGCUUUAUAACCUGGUGGGUUUACUGCUUAGUUUUGAUUGUAAUAAUUUUCGUAGAUCAUAAGUUUCAGCAUUGUCACCAGACUGGUGGUAAGUCUCCAGUUUCUUCUAGCCACUUCAGCCAUAUGCUUUGCUCAGUGCUGUGUUGUUUCCUGGGCCAUGUUACUGAAGACUUUUUAGUAAGUCUCCACCUUCACAUUUUAAUUUUUGUUACAGAGUUUUGUAACAAUCAGUUUUCUUCAUGACAUGUAACCUAGUUCAUCUUUUGCACCUCUUCCACCAUCACACACACUGAUUUUUUUUACAAACUCUGUGUGUGUGUGUGUGUGUGUGUGUGUGUGUGUGUGUGUGUGAGUGUGAGUGUGAGAGAGAGAGAGAGAGUGUGAGAGAGAGUGUGAGAGAGAGUGUGAGAGAGAGUG